AUGCGUUUUCAAGGAGUCAUUGGCGCAGCUCUAUUGGGCUCAUCAGCCCUGCAGCAUGUCGCUGCCUCUAUGCAGCUUGAUGUAGAGGGUGAUCUUGUCAACACCGAUGGCGACCUCAUGAACGCUGAGCGUCUUGAGACUCGUCAAUCGACAGGAAAGAUUCCUGUUACCGGAAUCACUGGAAACGGUAUCCAGGUCAGAAUGGAACUUCGCACCAUGCAGCAACAGUAUCCCGACAUGUUCAAUGUCUUCCUUCUUGGUCUUCGCAGCUUCAUGCAGAUGGACCAGUCAGACCCUCUUUCCUACUAUCAAAUUGCUGGUAUGUAUACCUUGGCUAGACUCUUCAAUUCCAGUUCCGGACUCAUUUGUUUCCAGNGCAUCCACGGAAGACCUUACGUUCCUUGGGAUGGUAUCGGCAGCGCUCCUGGAUUUGGCGGUGGUUACUGCACUCACACUUCCAACCUGUUCCUGCCAUGGCACAGACCUUACCUGGCUCUUAUCGAGGUGCAGCUUUACAAGCAUGUUCAACAAGCCGCGCAGUCUUUCCCCGCUGGUGCGACCAGAGACANNAACUGCAAGGCAUUCCCGGCUCUGAUAAGCGACCAAUGGGCUACCGUCACUACACCCACUGGUGUGCAGACUAUUCCGAACCCUCUCUUCCGUUAUGAUUUCCACCCUGUUUCUGUCUCUGACAUGUUUGCAUCUUGGGAUGUUACCAAGAGAUACCCUACUUCAUGGGACGCCUCUGCAAGCAGUCAAAACAACUUGCUGAACAACAUCUUCGCUAACAGUCAAUCAAACUACCGUGACCGUCUGUACAACCUUUACACCAACUACAACAACUUCAGUCAAUUUGGUGAUUCGGCAUGGAUGAGCUCUAGCUCUACAAACGCUGACAGUCUUGAAUCGGUUCACGAUGCUAUUCACUCAAGCAUCGGUAACAAUGGACAUAUGACUUACCUCGACUACGCUGCAUUUGAUCCCGUGUUCUGGUUGCACCAUGUAAUGGUCGAUCGUAGUUUUGCAUUGUGGCAAACUCUGCACACUGAAAGCUAUGUUGAGCCUCUCGCAGCAGUCGGAAGCACAUUCACCUACCCUGCUGGCACUGUCAAUGAUGACAACUCAGCCCUUACUCCUUUCUUCAAGGAUACAGCCGGCACUAACUGGACCUCGACCAGUGUUCGUGACAUGACUACCUUUGGCUACACUUACCCUGAGCUUCAGAACGGUGCUUCCGCUUCUAGCGUUCGUUCAGCAAUCAACAGACUUUACGGAAAGAACGCUGUUGCCGCUGAUGCUAAUGUAAAUCUCAAUCUCGGAAGCUCAAGCAGCUCUACCAGUUCGGCAGUACCCGCAGCUUCUUCAGCUCCUUCUUCCUCUAAGGCACCUGCAGCAGCUUCUUCAGCAGCUUCUGCCCCUAAAGCACCUGCAGCUCCUGCGGCUCCUGCAUCUCCUCCCAAGGCACCUUCUGCACCCGUCAGAGGAACUACCAGACAGCCUGCUUGGCAAUCUACUUGGCAGCCCCUCAACAUCUUGAAGAAUGGCCCUAUCCACAUUUCGCUUCCUUGGUGGAAGCGUGACAACAUGACCAGCGGACCAUACCUCAACACCACUGUCAGCACAAACGGUACCGACGAUUACCACCACGAGUACAUUUGCAACGUUGUAUCACAGAAGUUUGCCAUGAACGGAUCAUACGCUGUCUACGUGUUCUUGGGUAACGUUUCGACCAACUCCACAGAGGAGCUGCAACUCUCACGUAACCUUGUUGGUACAUACUCUGUCUUCUCCAACAUGCCAUCGGACAACAACCACAUGGCAAACAUGGAUCUCAAGAUCACCGGCACUGUUCCUUUGACCACUUCUCUUCUCGGAAAGAUCCAGAGCGGAGAGUUGCAAAGUAUGCUCCCUGUCCACGUCGAGCCAUACCUUCGUAAGAACCUCCAAUGGAAAGUGGCCAAGUACGAGGGAGGAGAAGUCAACGUCGCAGAUGUGCCCGAUCUUUCUCUCAACGUCGUUCAAGCUCCCAUUACUCCUGCAGCUAGCGAGAACGAGUUCCCUCAAUGGGGUGCCUUUACUGCACUCACCAGUGUGACUGCCGGCAAGCCUGGUGGCUACAGUGCUGAGUACUGGAACUGCCCUGAGGAUGGUUCAUCGUUCGACGGUAGCUACUCACGUCCUGCUGCUGUCCCUGCUGCUACUCCUGCAGCACCUGCAAACAGCGCCGCCGGUCCUUACGGCAAUGGCACUGGUGUAUCACCAGUUGCUCCACAGGGAACUGGCUCAGUCAACCCAAUGUCACCCACAACCUACACUGGCGCCGCCAGCAUUAUGAGCCUGUCUGGUUACGCCAUUGCUAUGGCAGCCGCAGCUCUUCUCAUCUAA